GGGGGUCCCGGGGGGUCCCGGGCGGCUCGGCGCCGCGGCUCCCGCGCGGCUCACGAACGGCUGACGUGGGGCCCGGUGCAUCCAAUGGGAAGGCGGCGUCUGGCCACGCCCACUGAGCGCGCAGCCCCGCCGGUGGGCUUUUAAAAGCCCGCGCGGCGGUGCGGGGGCUCCCAGGACCCGCGCGCCGCCUCGCCCGCCUCGUCCGCUCCCUGCCGCCGCCGCCGCCACCAUGCUCUCCGUCCGCGUCCCGCUCGCCACCAUCGUGGACCCGCAGCAGCCGCAGCAGCAGCUUCAGCUCUCGCCCUUGAAGGGGCUCAGCCUGGCGGACAAGGAGAACACGCCCCCGGCCCUCAGCGGGAGCCGCGUGCUGGCCAGCAAGACCGCCCGGAGGAUCUUCCAGGAGCCCGCCGAGCCGAAAACUAAGGUGCUUGUCCCCAGCGUGGAGGAUGAGCCACUGCUCCGAGAAAACCCUCGUCGCUUUGUCAUCUUUCCUAUCGAGUACCAUGAUAUUUGGCAGAUGUAUAAGAAAGCGGAGGCUUCCUUCUGGACAGCCGAAGAGGUGGAUCUUUCCAAGGACAUUCAGCACUGGGAGUCCCUGAAGGCGGAGGAGAGAUAUUUUAUAUCGCAUGUUCUGGCUUUCUUUGCAGCGAGUGAUGGCAUAGUAAAUGAGAACUUGGUGGAGCGGUUCAGCCAAGAAGUUCAGAUUACUGAAGCCCGCUGUUUCUAUGGCUUCCAAAUUGCCAUGGAAAACAUCCAUUCUGAGAUGUAUAGUCUCCUCAUUGACACUUACAUUAAAGAUCCCAGAGAGAGGGAAUUUCUCUUCAACGCCAUCGAGACGAUGCCUUGUGUAAAGAAGAAGGCGGAUUGGGCCUUGCGUUGGAUUGGCGACAAAGAGUCUACCUACGGAGAGCGGGUUGUGGCCUUUGCUGCAGUGGAAGGAAUCUUCUUUUCUGGUUCUUUCGCGUCGAUAUUCUGGCUCAAGAAACGCGGCCUGAUGCCUGGCCUCACGUUUUCCAAUGAACUUAUUAGCAGAGAUGAGGGUCUACACUGUGACUUUGCCUGCCUGAUGUUCAAACACCUGGUCCACAAACCUUCAGAGCAGAGAGUGAAGGAAAUUAUUAUCAAUGCCGUUAGGAUAGAACAGGAAUUCCUCACGGAGGCCUUGCCAGUGAAACUAAUUGGGAUGAAUUGCACUUUAAUGAAGCAGUAUAUUGAAUUCGUGGCAGACAGACUUAUGCUGGAGCUAGGUUUUGGCAAGGUGCCGGGAGACAACAAAGCACAAGGCGGAGGAAGCCCAGGCCCUCGCGGAGAUCACGCACUGGUGGGCGACGCGGAAACCCAGCCAACUAACCGCCGUGCGGUUGAUGUGGUUCUUUUUCUCACUUCCUACUUUGGACACUUUUUUUUGGCAGGAUUUCCUCAAGGACGUUGCAGGGGGUUCUCCUGGAGCCAGAGUCCCCCAGCUGUGGGAGCGAUGCUGAGCCAGGACUAUGUGAACCCUGUUGUGCCCCCAGAGAGGUAUAAAGUUGUGCCAUAAAGGUCUCGCAACGUAGAUUCUCUUUUAAGGGUGAGGAGGCUGCAGCCCAGAGAGGUCGUUCACCCUGCCCGAAGUCACACAGGCAGUCUUCUAAACCGGGUCAUCUGACUCCAAAGCCCCCACCCCACAGUGCUCUCCAAGGACCUGGCAGUUCUGGCCAGGAUCUGCCUGGGUCUAUGGGUAGAACCUGAAGGCACCCCAAGGAGCCUGUCUGGACCUUGGAAAUAUAACCACUCUCAAAGCUGCAUUUCAAGUCCGUCUAUAAUGGAACAGAGACAUACAUAGUCUUAGAGGGAGAAUAGCUCCCAGGCUUGUAAGUGAGGCACUGCUGUGAGCCAACAGGAGGUAGGCUAGGCAGCGGGGUCCGAGGUGGGGAGGGCCGGUGGUGUUUCCUCCAGGAUGAGGCCCGCUGGACCGUCAGCUUUCCAGGGUCUGUUGUGCUUCCCUGCACGAAGAGAGAAGGGAGGUCCAAAGGCCAGGCCAAUCCGUCCGUCUGUUUCCUCACGACUCAUUGAGCUUUGACUAUGUGAAAGGGACUGCUUUGGAUUCUGGAAUUCAGUGAAAAGCAACAUUUUGAAGUGAGCUCCAUCCACUGCCUGUAUUGGGAUUUUCCCCCGAAAGCCCCAAGGAGAGGGGUUGCAAUAGAAAUCGAGGGCAAAUGGGCAGUGGGCUUGUCGGCAGUGAUGGGAGGUGGAGCCUGGGUUUCAGCGGCCUGUGGGGCCGGGACAGCCUCACCACUGCAGGGAGCAGGAGAGGAGGGCCACACGGAGGCCCGGUGAAGCGGGUAAAGGCAAGACUGCAUCCCUGGGAGAAAACUGUCCGGUCCUUGUCACAGCUCGCGUGUUCAUCGUCAGCGAGGAACGUGGCUUCUGGUUUAUACAUCGAGCUUAUACAACGAGCUUGGCUAAUGGGAGUCUUCCCUGUAAACUGAUCUGUGCUCCAGCUCUGGCACAGCAGUGAGGUUUCUGAGUCGGGUCAGCUGAGGAGUAAGAGCUGCCUCGAGAGACUCUCGGCAGACAAAUUUCAGCCAUCAGCAACGUAGCUGUGCGGGUUUAGUUCAAGCACAAAGAUUGUGAAGCCCGGUGACGAAAAGCCAGAUGAGUGAACCCAGGCUUUUCGCCAGCCUUGCAGCCUGGGCUAUGGCGGGGGUCAUGAUGGGAGCCGGUUAGCUAAACUGUCUCCUGCGUACCAAAAAAAAGCGCUGUCAGGGGCUGGAGAACCGCCCCGCCACCCCCCACCCCAUGUGGGAGGGCGGGGGGCGGGGGGCUGCCCUGGGCUCACCUGCCUGUAUUUGCUACCCUCGCUUUUUUUCCCCAUUGCGGAGGGUGGCCACUGCAGGCCGGAUUUCCAUAAAUUCUAUAAAUCUGAUAUUCAGUCUGUUGUGAAAUGUGGUUCUGGGUUCCAUUAUCUUUGGAGGUUUUGACGGAAGGCACAAGGAGCUAGCUGAAAUGGAAACAACAUUGCAAUCACCGAGCUAAUGACUAUGAUAAUGCAAAUAAUUUAACAACCAGAUUAAUGCAAUAUUAACUCUCCUCAUUAUACUAAUAAUCUUCGCACGGCAACACAAAAACAACAAUUGGCUGGGGAGGAAGGAUUCGUUUUACGGGAGAACAAAGUCUCGGGGAAGUCUCAGAAUGUCCUUCUGUGAUCUGAGAAGGGAGAGAGAGAGGAGCUAAGGUUUCCGAAAUGCCCACCGGGUGCCAGGAUGCAGGGGUGACGGAGGACAGUCCCUCCUCGGGGCGGUGCACGUCUCACAGGGUGGGACAGCCUUAAGUGACUGUACCAUGAAGUGGCCUUGAGAGGAAGAGGGAAGGCUUCCCGGAGGAGGCGGCAUUAAGCUGAGUCUGGAAAAGUAGGAUUCAUCGUCUGCCCUCUUCAUCUCCCUUUUCUCGGCAGCCCGCUGCAGUCUGCUUUUGUCCCUUCUUCGCCUCCAAGAUGCUCUUACCAAGUGACCUUCAUGUUGUCAGACCCAAAGGUGGGUCCUCUGUCUCCAUUUUCUCUGGUCCUCGCAGGGCACGUGCUCCUGGAAGCCGUCAUGGCCUCUGGAUGCCCCCCAGCAUCACGAGCACCCCCCCCCCAUCUUCUCUGCUGGGUCCUCUUCCCUUCCCGACCUUGGAACACUGGCACGCCCCAGGGCUCAGCCCUCCCUCCUCGCCUCCCACCCGCCCCGUGACCCGGACCACCGUCUACAGGACGCCUCCCUGGGAUGUCUGGCGAACAUGUUUUUAACCAGAUUUCAUAAAACAGAAAAAGCACAUGUUGCGAGAGCACAGCUUGACGCCUUUCCACAAAGUGAACACACUUGGGGCUCAGUUCCCAGAUCAGGAAGGAAACCGUGACAGCUCGAGGAAGCCCCUCCUGUCUCUCUGGCCCUCCCCGGGGAGCUGGCCGUGUCCCCGCUGUGUCGCCCGAGGUGGUCUUGCUUGGGUUGCUACCGGGUAUAAAUGGGAUCACGGGAAAUCCGGCCCCUUGGGCUCAGCGUCACGCCCGGGGACUCGUCCACGGUGUUGGGCAGCGACAGCCCGACCUCUCUGCUGUUGUAGAGAGUGUUCUGUUGUACGAACGCACCGCAGUUUGUUCAUUCGACUGCUCCCUGGCAUUCGUGUUGUUUCCAUCUGGAGAAUUCUGAGUAAUCCUGGUAAAGGGGGCUCAUGGCUCAGUUUUCCUCCUGA